UGGCCGGCAGGAGUCGCAGGAAACGCAGGGCGCCGAGGGUUAAGGCGGAGCCCCCGCCCCCGCGCAGAGCCCACCUCCCCAAUUGCUCGGCUGGGCCCGGCUCCUCCUGCGGCCGAGGUGCGGGCGGCAUGGAGCUGGCGCUGCUGCUGCCCUGGGCGUGCGGCUGCCUGUGCGGCUCGGCGCUAGCCACCGGCUUCCUCUACCCGCUGCCCGCGCUGCCCCGCGCCUUCCCCGAGCCCGCAGCCGCCCCUGGCAGCUACGGCGGCCGCCGACACUGGUGCCACCACACGGUGACGAGGACGGUGACCUGCCAGCUGCAGAACGGCUCAGAGACGGUGGUCCAGCGCGUCUACCAGACCUGCCGCUGGCCGGGGCCCUGUGCCAACCUCGUGAGUUACAGGGCUCUGAUCAGACCCACCUACACGGUGUCCUACCGAACGGUGACGGCCCUGGAGUGGAGGUGCUGCCCGGGCUUCACGGGGACCCACUGCGACGAGGAAUGUAUGAACUGCACACGGCUGGGUCACCUGAGUGACAGACUCACCUUGCUGGAGGCCAAGGUCCUCCUGCUGGAAGCUGCAGAGCAGCCCCCCGACAACGACCUGCCAACCUCCCACAGCACGCGGCCACCCUGGAACGAGGGCUUCCUCCCAGAUGCCAUCCCUCUGGCCCACCCGGGGCCCCCCAGGAGGAGGCCCACUGGCCCAGCUGGACCCCCAGGGCAGGCGGGACCACCAGGACCUGCAGGGCCCCCAGGCUCCAAAGGUGACCAGGGCCAGGCAGGAGAGAAGGGCCCGGCAGGACCUCCAGGCCUCUUGGGGCCACCAGGGCCCCGUGGGCUCCCAGGAGAGAUGGGCCACCCUGGCCCCCCAGGCCCCCCUGGCCCCGCGGGCAGCCCAGGCCUCCCCUCCGGCGGCCACCAAGGGGCCCUCUACUCCCUGCAGCCACCGCCGGGCCAGGAUGGUGGGGACACACAGCUGGCCUCGGCCGCUGUGGACACGGUGCUGGCAGGUGUCCCCGGGCCUCGGGGUCCCCCGGGCCCCCCAGGUCCUCCAGGUCCCCACGGCCCCCCAGGCCCUCCAGGAGCACCUGGCUCCCAGGGCCUGACUGGAGAGCGGGGUGUGACAGGUCCCUCGGGCGAGCCUGGCGGGAAAGGGGACCAAGAGGAGAAAGCAGGUGCAGAGGGUGAGGGAGUGCAGCAGCUGAGGGAGGCCCUGAAGAUCCUGGCUGAGAGGGUGCUCAUCCUGGAACAUAUGAUCGGGAUCCAUGACCCCUUGGCCUCCCCAGAGGGGGGCUCGGGCCAGGAUGCUGCCCUGCGGGCCCAGAGGAAACGUGGUGGCCCUCCGCCCGAUGCCCCCCCCAGCUCUCCCGGCCACCCCGCUGGGCCCUGAGCCAGGGCAGAAGUAGGAGCCUGGAGCAUCCCGGGGAUCCCAGCCUGUACCCCUAUCCCAGGGUGCCACGUGGGACCAGCUCCAGAAACAAACGCCAAGGACAUGGGGCAGGGUGGGGGAGGGCUUCGGGACAGAUGCCACCUCCUGGGAUGGGGGGACAGCCCCCCCAAGCAGAGCCUGCCUCUCCCCACUCCCCAUCCACAGGGGUCACUCAAUCCCCAGAGCUCCCUUACAGGGUCCCCUCUAACCCCCAGGAAGCAGGUUGUUACCCCUCUUUCCCAAGGGGGCUAGACUGAGGGGUUAGGAACUCUCAGGGCCACGGAGGGCCAGGGUGGGACUUGAACUCCGGCCCCUGAGGUCCUGGACACCCUACCCCGACAGGCCCCGCCCACAGGGACACCAGACUGGUAGGUAUGGGGGGCAGUGUGGGGGUCCCCAGUCCCCCUGCAGGCUCAGGGCUGCUCCUUGGACUGGAGGUGACCCCCAAAUAAUCCCAUGGCAGUCACCUGGAUGUGGGGUCGGCAGAGGGGCACUGGGGUACAGGGACCCUCACAGUAAGUGUGCCUCCUCCACUCCCUCUGAGCCCCAUGGGGAAAGCCUGAACCCCAAGAGACUUGCCACCUUGUCCUGUCUCAGGAAUCCGUACCUGUAAGAUCACCUUGUCCCUGGGCAUCCACCCCCUUGAGGAGGGGACACCUGUUGGGGCUUCCCCUAUUCCAUCCCCAGAGUCCCUGUCAUGGCCCUCUCGACCUUGCAGGCCACAUAGCCCACAGGUCCUCAGCGCCCCCCCCUUCCCGCUGAGUCUCGGGGCCAUGGCCUGGCGCUCCGUGGCCACAGUAGAUGCAGGUUCCCCGGUGUGGGGCCAGCCCACAUGACUCCCCGAGGCUGGAGUGAUGUCCCCUGCACCCUCGGUGCUCGGUCCUGGGUCCUGGCCACCUCGUCCAGCCUCCCACGUGGGACUUACUCUUUCUGGGGUGGCCAGGGGAGACUCCCAGGAUCCUGUGACAAUAAAGGUGCUGUCCUCACUGGG